AUGGACCCUACUCAGAGCAACAAAAGUUUCAAGCUGGAAAGCCUAUUCAACGUGAAGGGAAAAGUUGCCCUGAUUACUGGCGGCGGAUCAGGCAUCGGUUUGAUGGCAACACAAGUGCUAGCCGUCAACGGAGCCAAAGUCUACAUCACAGGCCGCACAGAAGAAAAGCUCGAUCGAGUAGCAGAGCUUUACAAUAAAGAUAUCCCCGGAGAAAUAAUUCCGCUUUCCGCAGACCUCACUAAAAAAUCGGACAUCCGCAAUCUCGCUGAGGAAAUCAAGAAGCGCGAAGGGUACCUCUCAAUCCUAAUGAACAAUGCGGGCAUCUCUAGCCAUACUCAAACGACUGAACACGAAGACGCAUCUAAGCUGCGCGAGUCACUCUUCGACGACAAAGCCGCGGAUUUUGAAGAAUGGGACAACGUUUUCCGCACGAAUGUCUCCCAGAUCUUCUUCAUGACAACUGCAUUCCUACCCCUCCUCCAGAAGGGCUCAGAGAAAGAGCCCGGCUGGUCGAGUACUGUGAUAAACACGACUUCCAUCUCGGGAAUCAUCAAGGUCUCACAGCAUCAUUUUGCGUACAAUGCCUCCAAGGCUGCGGCUAUUCAUUUGACUAAGAUGCUGGCGCAUGAGGUUAGCUCGUCCAACUUAAAGGUUCGGGUCAACAAUAUUGCGCCAGGUGUUUUCCCUAGCGAGAUGACUGCUCAGGAGAGUGAUGAGAAGCAGAAGAGCUUUAUUCCUAAGGAGAAGUAUGAGGAUAAGGUCCCUGCGUCUAGGCCUGGGAAGGACGAGGAUAUGGCUAGUGCUGUAAUUUUUGCAGCUACCAAUCAGUACUUGAACGGGCAGACCAUUGUUGUUGAUGGAGGGUAUGUGCUUGCAGCUGGGUCGUUGUAA